AUGUGUCCCUUCGUAUGUAGAUUCGUGCUUCCUACUUCAACAGAUGGCAGUCCGCCAGUUAUUAGUUUUGGAAGUCAACCUUCACAUAUUUUGAAUGUUUUCCAUGCGAAGCGCAGCAAGACUGCGGUCUUUCAGUCUGACUUGCAACAGCUCAGGCAGCUGCUCGCGCUACUUCCGCUCUAUGUCGUCGUCGCCCAUUGGAUCACUGAUCUGGCGGAUACCGAUGAAGGGAAACAACGGCUUAUUGGGGUUUCCACAAUACCAUUGUCUGGGCUUAUCCUUGCUGGAUCCAGUUCCUCCCAUGCAGAAACUAAAGAGAUCUCCGGUUCCUUCCCUAUUACGAAUCUCCUGAGUCAAGAUGUCGGUGAGAUCCAGCUACGAGUCUCGCUGACGCAUAUUAAUACGGAAGCUUACUAUGAAACUCACAAUGUGGCGAAACUCUGCUCGAAUCACCAAACGAACGGAGUUUACAAAGGUACACCAGAUGGAUGUCCAAAAGAUCCAAUGCGCAUAAGCUAUUGCAGUUGGACUCUGGCUGACCAGGCUGUACAGACAAUCUCCCAAACAGUACAACGUUCAAACCCCGGCGAGAAAUUGACUAAUUCAGCCCAGAAAAAUGAAGCGAUCUCUGAUGCUGCCAAAAGCACUGCAAUUCGGAUCAAUGGCUGUGAUACAUUUGGUCACAAGGGGGUGGAAACUGAAUUUAGAAAACAGGCGAAGAGACUGAUGAAUACGUUUCCGGCAGUAGAAUUUCUGGAAGAAGGUCUUGAGGUGGCUAAUAUUCAACCGUCUCCUAUCGAAUUUUGCAAAGCCUCCAGUGCAAUGGACGAUCGUUUUUCAAACGCGCUUCCGGACCUCCCUAAGCUUUCUCAGCAAUUGGCCGAGACCGCUCAAAACUCAUCACCGGAAAUUUAUUUGGAAAACGGAAAAAAUGAAGCUUUCUGUGCCCGCAAUGAAGGAAUGAACAUUUCACCAUCGUCAGCAGAUGAUAAGCUUCCCGUUCUUUGUGCGCUUCUCAGUGAAAUCAAGAUCCUCAAAUCAAAAACCAACGCAGGCAUUUACCGUUUGGGAGAGAUUCAAGACACUUCCUCCAAGGUGUCAGGUAGAACUUUUACAAGAGAUGCCUCACAGAACGGAAUCAAAUCCCUGUUGCCUGCUCCAAAUUCAAGGCGCGCUAGGAUUUUCCAGUUGGCCCUACCGCGAAAGGUCACACCUGCAACUGGACAAAUGGUCCCAAAACGUUGUGGGUGGCUUCGAUCUACUCCAGAGUAUCGUGGUCCAACUAGAUGUUACUUGGAACCCCGAGCAAACCAUGCACAUCUACUUCGUUUGAAACACGCUCGCGCAAAACGAGAGGUCCAGACCCCAUUCACAAAGAAGUCUGGCAUUGGCGGGAAAAGUCACCUGCUUGAAAAGGAAGGCUUGAACCGUGGCAAUUGCAAACGUGUUAUAGAGUCAAAACAGGGGAAACACGUUGACAACAGCGGGCAUAUGGUUGAUUACAGUGGAGAAGAAGAUAGAACUCCAAAUAUGCACAGAACACUUUCACAGGAUCCCGGUUCCUCAGUCGGUCGAACAGCCGGAAGAUUUGAAACCAGUGCAGAUCCUACCAAGACUGAUGUGAAUGAUGUGCGCUUGAUCAACGGAAGCUGGAAACGAGAACAAGAAAGGAACACCACAGAGACACCAGCUAGUGGAUCGCUGUCUUCGGAUACACAGGACGGAGAUUUCGCUGCAUAUUAUCCAAUUCAUUCGACACGAUCUCCUCAGGCAACGAUGACGAAGAAGACCUGUCGUCCGCAACCUACAGUUGGGUCAAUCGAUGAGAAACUUGAAAGACGGGAUGGAUCACAAACCAGGUCAUCGCUAACCUCCCCAAUAUUCAUCUCCAACAGCGAUAAGGUAAAGUCUCAGUCCGGUCGAUCUGAAGCACGAAGACAUCGUUCAGAGACGUCUAACAAAGCCGAUAUGCAUUUGUGGCCAAAUAAGUCCCCGUGUGAACAUCCGACCGGCACCCAGGAGUCCUACAGCGAGGAUUAUGAGGAGUCGGACGGAGAUCAGACUACGGCCGCCCUCAGUUUUACGGCUGAUCCCCUUAACCCCCUACAGCCUGUACUCACGAAUUCGGAGUUCGAUGUGGCCGACAGUGCUAUUGUGACGGUCUCACCGCUACCUGAAAAUUUGCAAAUGACCUCUAAAACUAUUGACGGAAAAAGUACGGAUCCAAGCGUGACCAGUUUUACUCCUCAGAACACUGGAAAGGAACUGCAAAGGUUUGCAAAAGGUGAUGACGUGGAGACGAAACCAGUACCUCUUGCACGGAAAACCGUAGAACGGAAUGAACGACCAAAUCGGACGGUGUCCGAUUUCGGUGGAUGGCAGCAGGCUGACAUGAAUGACGAACUUGAUGACUUUGAUAUUGAACGAAUCCGUUCACGUGGAUCACAAGAUUACCUGGUUGGUGGUCUAUUGGUUGGAUAAACUAACAAACGGGAGAAAAUAAAAUUGUUGCGGAGACCCCAAUACACCAGAGCCGGUGACAGACUUCAAUUACGAACACUUAAAAAACGCAUGCACAACCGUCUUUGUCGACACCUAAUGCUAUAUGCAAU